GGAAUGGACCGUUUGUGAGAGCAAAUGAAUUUGUACGCGUACGGCGUACCAGUCGCUGCACCGGGCCAGGUUAAUCUCCACGUGCACAGCCUGCCACUGUUCAUGGUGACGUGCUCUACAAUUCUACAAUAAUGAUUUCUCUCUCGUCUCUCUUGCUCUGCUGUGGUUCCAUUAGAAAAUGUUGGUAUCGCUUCAUUGGGUACUUGAGACUUUUCUACAAUAUUAUAUUACUGAUUACGCGUGUGUAUGGGCUGUGUGGGAUAAAACCAACAUGUCGCUUGCGUGCGGGAUGGACAGGGCGACAGGCCAGCGGAAUGUGUAUGGCGACGACGAGCAUCUGCGCUGAGCCUUGCAGAUGGCGCGACAGUCGUUGAGUGCUCGUUGAUAGUGCGGCUUGUCAGUGACCCGUUGUUGUCCAUGGUGGCGACAUGCUGUCCUGCUCGCAGUUGGCCAGGAUGGCGACGUCGGACGGCGCGGAGAGCGUGCAGGGACGGCGGGGAAGCGCCAUGUGCGGCUCUCCGUGGCGCGACCGAAGGUGCGUCGAGGGUCGCGCCGCCUUGUUCUGCUCCUCCUCCCGCUGUACCAGUACAGUAUGUAAUGGUAAUCCCUGAUCGGCAGUUGAACAAGUUGCGCUAGAAGAAGGCCACGGCGCAGGACACCGCGGACAACGUGUCGGAGACUGUGGAUCCGGAGGAGCUGUCCGUGUCGGGCUUGUCGGGCCGCUCCUCGCCGGCUCGCCCUUCCUGGACUCCUUCCCGGGGGCGGGGGGCGCCCCGGUCACUGCGCGUAUCCCGCCCCUGUCCGCCCCGACCAGCCCCAUUCCCCAGCCAGCGCGCAGUGUCGACGGCGCGUCCCCGCGGGCCUCCAUCGGGGACAACGGCGAAAUGAGAGGCUUACUGCGGCAUUUGAGCCAGCGCAGUAAUCCCGCGGAAGACGGCCUGACCGAGCACCGCCCCGAGGUGGCGCUCUUCUCAUCGGCCGGCACCGAAGAAAUGGUCAACUGCGCACUUUCCAGCGCACUGAUCUUGUUCAGGCUUCAGCCAUAAAUGCGCGCACGACGAUUAUACAGACUGCUGCAAGCCUGGAUCGGUGUGCAUUCUGCAGCGCCAGACCAUCCAGCGGCUGCGGCAGGGACUGGACCGAGAGCGCUCGAGCGUCGUCACGCGUCUCCUCCGCGAGCACCACAACCGCCCGCGAGCAGCUCAACGACGGUGAAUGAGAAUCAGGUAAUUAUUGCGUGGAUUCUUGACUAACGGCCGUUGAAAUGGCCGUUGACAGGGUCACAUUCAGACGAUCGGGAGCCUGGUGGCGGAGAAGCCGGAGCUGCAGGCGCAGAUGACCCGCGCCGACCACAUGGCCAAGAAGAAAGCCGAAAGCUACGCCGACAAGCUGGCGGAAUGCGAGCGCCGACUGAACGAGACGCGGCUGAUCGGCGAGCACACCAGCCACAACUUGCACGAGCAGACGGAACGCUACACGGCCUGCACCCGCCAGAUCCCCGACCUCCGGCUGGUCGCCGAGCAGUCGGAGAAGACGGUGGAGACGUUGCGCAUUGAGCUGUUCGAGGUUAAAAAGAAGCUGACCCUCAAGCCCAGGACGUGGAAUCUCUGCGCUUGUCGCGACUCCGGCGAGCAGGAGCAGGUGGAGAGUCUGUCGCGCGACAAGAAGACGCUGCAGUGGAAGAUGCAGGAGCACCAGUGCAGGCGGUGCGCAAGAACAUGGACGCCCUGGUCAGCCACUGCCAGGCCGCUGCCGCAGCCCGCCCGAGGAUGCCGGAGCGGGAGGAUGCCGGGGAGGCGGUCAAGGAGAAUGCGCAGGGGCCGGCGCAGCCGGAAGCUUUAAUUCGGGAAAACGGUCAGCAGUGCGCUGGCUGGUGUGUCUUGCUAAUAGGCACGGUGUUUUGUGCGCUAUAAUUGCUACCGGAGUCUGAUGCAGUCGCAGACGGAGAUGGCCGUCAGCACGCCGGCCUCGGCCAGCUUGCAGCCGCAGCCGGGGCCGCCCACGCCAAGGCCUUCGAGGGGAAGUUCCGCAAUCUGGAGGACGAGAUGCAGCUGUACAAGAAGCGCGUCAUCCAGGCCGACUCCGAGGUCAUCUCCCUCAAGAAUGCGCUGCGCAUCAAGGAGUGUUGCGGACAUUGACAGGAGGAGUCGAAGCGGAUGGAGCGCGUGGGCGCCUACAAGACGCUGGAGCACAAAUCUGUCUCGUCCAUGAAGCCGAAGGGCGAGCUGCUGGAUGCCUGCAGCACGUCAUUGUGCAGCUGCAGGGCGAGACGGAGACCAUUGGUCAGGAAGCGGGAGUGACCAUCCUUCGCUAGCACAAUAUCAUCCUAACUGUCUUACCUGUACGGCUGUAGCCCUUUAAGCGACUACAUUGCGCUGUAGCCGAAGCCGCGCGAACUGGAGAAGUGCCAGCAGAUGCGGGGUCGUGGGAAGAGCGCGACAGAACGGAGGAAAAGCAUCGUCCUGUGACAAUUAUGUCUGUCGGUAUCUGGGAAGCAGUUGGGCUGUUGCGGCUGAAUAUCGCCACACUGUCGGGACUGCGCCAGCCUCCACGCUCCACGACCGCAUACCGCAGUGGAGUCAGGUGCAACGCCGGACGCCCGUUGCCCGUACGAAGGGCGAAGCGGUCAGUGGGGCGGGGCUUGCCGGUCGUGACGCGCGCUGUUGCGGGGCAUGAACGAACUGGAGCACACCACAGUGCUCCAGUUCGUGGGCGCGCCGCACCAACAGCGCAUCAACCGCUGCGCCUGCGCCUGCACCGCAAAGCGCCCUACUGACGGCCCCUGCUGCGCUAAUGCGUCGGCGUGCUGAGGAUCGUCUCAACUGAGGGCCGGAUUUAACAGCGUGUUAUCCAUACAAGACUGUAUUUGUGCGGGAGCGUGUAGUUUCUAAUGGAUCCGUAUACCGUUGUGUUUACGACGGCUAUUACUGAAGGCUUUUGUGGUGUUUUUACGCGUAUGACCGGCAGUCCAGUGAAAUAUUAGCACAAUGUGUCAUGUGUCAGUGUACAGUAUGCUCAACGCAGAAUUUGGCAGAAACCAGUGUCUGGCCAACGAUGGGAAGGCUUCUUAUCCUUGUCAAUCUUAGAAUAUUCUUCUGCAUUUCUUGAGUUUGUCGUGUGAACGAAUAAUUGAGGUGAAAAGUG